GCUGGACUACAGAUCCCAGAAUGCAGCGCGCCCCCACGCUGUCCCAUUAGGGCGGAGGACACGUUCUCGGAGAUUCCCGGAACUCGAGGGACUCGCUUCCAGCUCCAGGCUGCGGGGCCAUGUGUUCACACAGGCCGUGGAUCCCGUAUCCAGCCAGAACCGGCCCUCCUUGGGCUGCCCUGCUCCGAGCUGUGCUGUGGUCACCAAGGCAGGCUGCAUGGGGAAGGCCUUUCCACAGGCUGUGGCGCUGCAGUGGGCAGGAUCCUAGGAGGUGGGCGGGGAGCAGGCCUCUGCCAUCCAAGAAGAACCCGCUGGGCACAGAGACUGAGAAAUUUCAGAUGGUAUACCGGUUUGAUGCCAUCAGGGUCUUCGGGUACCUCUCUCAGCUGAAGGUGGCACAGACAGCGCUGACAGUGGUGGCCCUGCCGCCUGGCAUCUACUGGUACUCCCAGGGCCUCAUGACCUUCAACUCCCUGUGCCUGGCAGGCGCAAUCGCCAGCUUCGCGCUGGCCAUGUUGUGCUGGAUGAGCCAUUUCUUCCGGAGGCUGGUGGGCAUCCUCUAUGUGAAUGAAUCGGGCACGGUGCUGCGGGUGGCCCACCUGACCUUCUGGGGCCGGCGACAGGACACGUACUGCCCCGUGGCCGACGUGGUCCCCAUGACAGAAAGCCAGGAUCGGCCUCAGGAGCUGUUUGUGCGGAUCCGGCAGUACAGUGGGAAACAGACCUUCUAUCUCACCCUACGCUAUGGACGCAUCCUGGACCGGGAGCGUUUCAUGCAGGUGUUUGGGGCGCUGGACUCACUCAAGUGAAGGACUGGGAGCCAGGCCGCCUGGGUCUCCCGUAGGAAGGCUCAGGGAAGGGUGAGGCUGAAGUGGGGAAGUCAGGCAGCUGGAAACUGUCAGGACCCCAGGGACUUGUCUUCUGGAAUUGAGAAAUUCACAAGGUAGAAGCUAGCAACCAGGUUUAGGAAAGAGGCCCUGAGUGCAAAUUCUUAACUGCACUUAUGUAUGAUAUUGACAAUGGCCAGAAGUUUCUGUUAAGAGCCAGAUCUUGGAGGAAGCGAUGCCAGGCUCGUUCCAACAGUGCACUGCUGGGAAAUCAAAGACAGAGAGGUGGGGGUGUGUCAGAAGACCUGGGUCCCUCCAUUCUCAAAUCCCUAUCCUGAGGCGGGUUAUCAAGUCUCUCAGAUCCUUCUCACAUUUUGUAAAGUGGAAAAAUCCUGUCUCCUGGGAUGGGUGUGAAAAUAAACGAUAUCACUUA